AUGUCGUACCUGCCGCCGAUCACGACGCUGUGGGAGCACGCCUCCCAUCCAUCAAAGCGGGCGUGGUCGCGCUCGCCUUCGCCCACGCACGAUCCGUCCCCGUCCACCGCGGCAGGACCUUCCACCCUCCCCCCAGCCCGCGCAGCGGCCAUCCAACGGCGUCUCAUCCGUCAAUCUACACGCGGGGACCAUCUCCCUGCCCGGACACGCAGCGCAGAACACGCACGAACACUCCGAGCGCUCAAAGGCUACCCACCCAUCGGCAGCACUGCCGACGCAGACCAGCUCAGCGACCUCGAGGAGUCGAUCGAGGUGGCCAAGUACCAGACUGUGCGCUUUGGCGAGCGGUACAUCGUGCAGAUUGGUCGGAGGAGGACGAUGCGCGAAGAGGAGAUGAGUGAGGAGGAUGAUGGGAGACGAACAGCGAUGGAUCCUACGAUGGCGAGUGGGAUGGAAGCGGGCAUGACGGCUGAGGAUGAGUCGAUAGCGGAACCAGAGCAGGUGCUUGCGGGAAUGACGGUGCCGGUGCCGGCAGAGCAGGAACGGAGACAGGUGGCGGUCGAGGCGGAAAGGAGAGCAAGAGAUGCGGAAGCUGAGGCGAAUCGGGCAGCGGCGGCGGCAGAGGCGGCGAGAAGCCAGGCGGAGAGGCAGGCGGCGUUCCAGGAGGAAGAGGAUGCGGUCGAUUUGGAUGGUGAUGUCGAGGAUCUGGAUGAGGGCGAGGACGAGGUCGACUUUGAUUAG